UGUCGAUUUCAAUGAUUGAUGAGUUGAGUGCUUUCAAUAGAUAAGUUACAGAUUAGCUCUACCUGCUUGUAGCCAUUUUGUGCACUGAGCUGAUUCACCCCCCUCCCCAUGCCUGACUUUCAGCCUGUGAACAUGCUAACAGCUCCUCCCCAGCGGGGGUAACUCCCUAAUCACCUAAGGCUUUCCGGGGCACAAUAUUGCCAUGGAGAUUUGCGAUGCCUCUCACCUCCCGCACGUCCGAGGUUCACGUCGCCGUAGCGAAAGCGCUCCAGCAAUCCGUGGUCGUGAGGAGACCCAGCUUCACUCGGGGCGGCCCCUUCCUGAGGUCAUGUCAGGUAUGAUGUCACGGAGUAGCAUGGAGGCAUCCACCGGGACCGAGAAGAGAUAAGCCUCUUUGCAUCUGUCACACCUCACGGGAGGCAGAUCGCAGAUCUUCAGCAAAGCCUUGCAAAAGUGACAGAUCUGCUGAUGAUGUGCCAAGCUGGGACUGGAGUGGCGAGAAGCGUCUCACAGCUUUAAUAACAUUUCAGCAAUAACAUAUUUCACUAAGGAUUCGCAUUUAUUAACCUCUAUUAGUAGUUUCAAUAUUUAUGCUACCACAACGGAGUGCGAAAUACCAUAGUCUCUAUAUGUCCGAAGUCCAGGUGUUUUGCUGGUUUCUUCAUGCAAUUUGCUCUGAUCAUGUUUAUGUUAUCUUUACCAAGACGGAGGCAGUAGCGCAAUUAAGGUUGUAUAUGGAACAUUAUAGGCCAUAAUUUCCUAAAUGUGGAAAAAGGUUUCUAAGAACUUAUAUCAUGUGAAAUGGGCAAAUUGUGGAGAACUCAUCAUAGGAGUAUGUUUCAUUAAUUGUAUGCGCGAUUUCCCUGGCAACAGUUAAAGAUACCCAACUCGAGGAGGAAAUGUCACCAUUGUUAAUCGUCAUUCCCCUUGCUUUCGACACGUUCGCUGGUUGAAACUGGACCAAACGGCUCAUUUUUCCUAACGAAACGAGGGGAGAGUCCAUGAUAAAAAAGGGAUGAUGUAAGUCCGGCUCCAGCUGCACCGGGUCCAUGAUCUCGCCGAAGAUGGUAGCGGCGCACACCUCUGCCCAGUCUUCUGCAUCUGCAGAAUGGAUCAUCUGCCUCGAUAAAAGGCCCUCGGAACGUUCUGGCGAAGACGUGGACAUCAUACUGACCCGCCUGAAGGAUGUCAAGGCCUUCGAGAGGUUCCACCCCAACCUCCUGCAGCAGAUAUGCCUGUGUGGAUUCUACGAGUGCCUUGAAAGGGGCAUCACCUUGUACCGCCAGGGAGACAUCGGUACGAGCUGGUACGCCGUCCUCUCCGGCUCACUGGACGUCAAGGUCUCCGAAACAGCCAACCAUCAGGAUGCUGUCACCAUCUGCACCCUGGGAAUCGGCACAGCUUUCGGGGAGUCCAUCCUGGAUAACACCCCCAGACACGCCACCAUUGUCACCCGCGAGGUCUGUGAACUGCUGCGCAUCGAGCAGAGGGAGUUUAAGACCCUGUGGGAGAAGUACCGUCAGUGCAUGGCUGGACUCCUUGCCCCGCCAUACGGUGUAAUGGAAAGUGGACCCAGCAAUGACAGAAUGCCGGACAAAGAGAAUCUGAAUAACAGUACCUAUGGGUCACUUAGUAAGACUCCACUUGUUGACAGCCGAGCUGCUAAAUCCAUUGUCCAGGUCCCGUCUGAGAAGAUCCUGAGGGCGGGCAAGGUCCUUCGCCAUGCCAUCCUUUCCAGGGCAGCACACAUGAUCCGGGACAGGAAGUACCACCUGAAGACCUACAGGCAGUGCUGUGUGGGUACCGAGAUGGUGGACUGGCUGACCCAGCAGAGCCCUUGUAUCCACUCCCGCACUCAGGCCGUGGGUAUGUGGCAGGUUCUGCUCGAAGAAGGAGUGUUGAACCACGUGGACCAGGAGCUGCACUUCCAGGACAAGUACCUCUUUUACCGUUUCCUCGACGACGAGCAGGAUGACGUGCCCCCGCCCAGCGAGGAGGAGGAGAAGGAGAGCUAUGAGGAGCUGCAGGACACGCUACUCCUGCUGUCCCAGAUCGGGCCCGACGCCCACAUGCGCAUGAUCCUGAGGAAGCUGCCGGGCCAGAGGACAGCGGAUGACUUGGAAAUCGUCUACGAAGAGCUGCUCCACAUUAAGGCUUUGUCUCACCUCUCCACCACGGUGAAGAGGGAGCUAGCAGGCGUGCUCAUCUUUGAGUCACAUGCCAAGGCGGGGACAGUGUUGUUCAAUCAAGGAGAGGAAGGGACCUCGUGGUACAUCAUCUUAAAGGGCUCUGUAAACGUCGUAAUCUACGGCAAGGGUGUUGUAUGCACUCUUCACGAGGGUGAUGACUUUGGCAAGCUAGCACUAGUCAACGAUGCCCCACGGGCUGCCUCCAUCGUCCUGCGGGAGGACAACUGUCACUUUCUGCGGGUGGAUAAGGAAGACUUCAACCGCAUCCUGAGGGAUGUGGAGGCCAACACUGUGCGUCUGAAAGAGCACCAUCAAGACGUGCUGGUUCUGGAGAAGAGCCCCAGCAGCAGUCGUACUUCCAACCUUGGAGGCACGCCCUCCCACUACAAAUACACUGUGAUGUCUGGUACACCGGAGAAGAUCCUGGAGCACGUCUUGGAGACCGUGAGGCUGGACUCAAGCGUCACUGACCCAGACCCAGUCCUGGACGACUUUGUGCUCAUGCACUGUGUCUUCAUCCCCAACAGCCAGCUCUGCCCGAUGCUAAUGGCACACUACCACGCCCAGGUAUCCCAGGGUUCUGAGCAGGAGAAGCAGAACUACACCCUGGGUAACAAGCGGCGGGUGGUACGCCUGGCACUGCACUGGGCCUCGCUGUACGGGGACCAUCUCCAGGAAGAGGAGGCCUCGCUGGCAUUCCUGGAGGAGUUGCGUGUGACAGUGGCUGAUGACUCCAGGGUCUUCCCCGCACUGAAGGAGGAGCUCGCUGAAUUGGAGAAGGUGGUGAAACUGAAUUUGGAUGAUGCAAAAUCUUCUCAAAAAAAGCACAAAGUUCUGCUGCGUCAGUUCAGCAUGGGCGAUGAGCGUCUCCAGAAGCGACAGCCAAUCAGGAGCUCUGACGAAAUCCUAUUCAAAGUCUACUGCAUGGACCACACCUACACCACCAUCCGGGUGCCGGUGGCAGCCUCCGUGCGGGAAGUCAUUGCUGCUGUGGCCGACAAGCUGGGGUCAGCUGAGGACCUGCUCCUGGUCUGCCUCAGUUCAGCCGGAGACAAGCUGGUGCUGAAGCCCAACGACAUUUCAGUGUUCUCCACGCUCAGCAUCAACGGACGCCUGUUCGCCUGCCCCAGGAACCUCUUGGAUUCACUGGCUCCGCUGACAGAGCAGGACGGGCCGUCCACAGGGUCCUUCGGAACCUUUGAGCUGAUGAGCUCCAAAGACCUGGCCUAUCAGAUGACGCUCUACGACUGGGAGCUCUUCAACUGUGUCCAUGAGCAUGAGCUCAUAUACCACACGUUUGGGCGGCACAACUUCAAGAAGACUACAGCCAACCUGGAUUUGUUCCUCAGAAGGUUCAACGAGGUGCAGCUGUGGGUAGUGACCGAAGUGUGCCUUUGCACCCAGCUUGGCAAGCGUGUACAGCUUCUCAAGAAGUUCAUCAAGAUCGCUGCCCAUUGCAAAGAGUACAAGAACCUGAACUCCUUCUUCGCCAUCAUUAUGGGGAUGAGCAACCCGGCGGUCAGCAGGCUAAGCCAGACGUGGGAGAAACUGCCUGGCAAGUUCAAGAAGUUCUACGGAGAGUUUGAAAGUCUGAUGGAUCCUUCCAGAAACCAUCGGGCCUAUAGGCUGACUGUGGCCAAACUGGACACCCCCCUCAUCCCCUUCAUGCCCCUCCUCAUUAAGGAUAUGACUUUUAGUCAUGAGGGCAACAAGACAUUCGUUGACAACUUAGUCAACUUUGAGAAAAUGCGAAUGAUCGCUAACACGGUGAGGAUAGUGAGAUACUGCCGAAGCCAGCCAUUCAGCCCUGAUGUGUCCCUGGCCAAUAAGAACCACCAGGAUGUGCGGAGUUGCGUGCGUCAGCUGACUGUCAUCGACAACCAAAGGACACUGUCCCAGCUCUCCCACAGACUGGAGGCACGCAGGACCUGAGCCUUGCCAGCCUAAGCACUGAAUGCACCUGGAUCUGAAGCACCCAAUCAGAGCUCUCCGCAUCACUGACAGCAGGCCGGACGUGGCAGCACUGACGCCAUCUCCAUCUUUACAUCACUCCCUCACCUUUCUUUCCCUUUCUCCAUCAUACUCCCAUUCUUUUCCGUCUCCCUCGUGCUAUCGCAUGUCAACCACCAUAGAUGCCUGAGUGUACCUGUCCCAAGAACUUUCUGAAUGUAUUUUCCUUAUGCUACAGUUUUACUUCUUUAACAGCUCAUACUAAGACGAUACCCUCAAAGUGCUGAAUUCUCCCUUGCUGUGUUCACAGCUGUACAAUGUAAUCAAAAUAAAAUCAUCCCAUCAUCCAUUUUAAGACAAAAAAGAACUGUAUCCUAAAUCGGUAACAGGCAAAGCCAUUCAAAUAUAGUAUUUAUCAGCAGACAUCUAGAGUUUAUUUAUAUAGCUCUCAAAGUGCACCUAAUAUUUUUUUUAACUGCGAUAUUACGUUGGGCAUAUGAAUAUAGAGGUAUCAUUUAUUCUAGAUGCAGAAUAAAUCCCAGGUUUUCAUAACUGGUGAUGCAGUACUACUAGUUGUCUUACAAUUCACAGAGUUUUGUAAAUUAAAUAAAAAGCAUUUUGUCCUUUGUGCUGAUUAUUUUAUGUACGAUGUGAAAUGUCUGACUUUAUUACUCUUGACCUCAGCAUGCUGCGGAGUUUAUUAGAGCAGAGGUUCCCUAUAAGUUAUCUGCUGUUGCCAGCCGCUCUAUUUCAAUGUAUUCUGUAAAUAUAGCAGACUUAUUAAAUGGUUUUUUU